UUGGAUGUGCGAGGAGUAGAGUCGAGCAGCCAGACGCGUGGGGCGCAGGGUCCCGGCCGCAGACCCCACCUGCCCUACCUCCACUUACGACUCUGGAUGUAUCGUCAUGGUAAGACCCACAAGGACGCGGCGAGUGUGCGCGCGACCCAUCCCAUCCCGGCCGCCUGUGGCCUCUACUACUUCGAGGUGCGGAUCGUGUCAAAGGGCCGCGACGGAUACAUGGGGAUAGGGCUCUCGGCUCACGGAGUCAACAUGAACCGGCUACCUGGUUGGGACAAGCACUCGUACGGCUACCACGGUGAUGACGGCCACUCGUUCUGUUCGUCCGGGACGGGCCAGCCGUACGGGCCGACCUUCACCACCGGUGACGUCAUAGGAUGCGGCGUCAACCUGGUCGACAACACAUGCUUCUACACCAAGAACGGACACCACCUGGGGAUCGCCUUCAGGGGAUUGCCGCCGAACCUGUACCCCACGGUGGGUCUACAGACGCCAGGCGAGGUGGUGGACGCCAACUUCGGCCAGCAGCCUUUCGUGUUCGACAUCGAGGACAUGUUGAGGGAACUGCGCGCGCGGACCAGACUCGCCAUAGACGACUUCCCUCUGCCCACCGAGCAGGGGCAGUGGCAGCAAGUACUGCACAGGAUGGUGUCGUCGUACCUGGUGCAUCACGGGUACUGCAGCACGGCGCAGGCCUUCUCCCGCGCCACGGGACAGACCAUCGACGAGGACAUCGCCUCUAUCAAAAAUAGACAACGGAUAUCGAAGCUAGUGUUGUCAGGUCGUAUCGGUGAGGCGGUGGAGUUGUCCCGGCGGUUGUACCCCGGCCUGUUGGAGAGGGACCCCGAGCUGGUGUUCCUGCUCAAGUGCAGGCAGUUUGUAGAAAUGGUGAACGGCACGGACGCGCUGUGCGACGACCCGGACCAGGCCGGGACGGGGGAGGGGAUAGUGGGGGAGGGAGCGGCGGGGGAGGGGGACGGGGCCGCCGGGGGCAAUGACCUCACCACCUCUGUGAUCUCGCAUACGAGCCGCGCGCCCGCCAACGGGGAACACGCGCACACUAACGGCGUGGUGCUGCCCGAAGCCGAUAGACAUGACGUGGACAUGCCCGCAGCCAACGGCACUCACGACGAGAGCGAGGUGUGUUCGCGCGCGUCCGUGGAGCGUAUGCUGGCCUUCGGUCGGGAGCUGUACGCUAUGAGCCAGAAGCUGACCCAGGAUCAGUACCACAAGACCAUGCUCGAGGACGCUUUCAGUCUGCUCGCGUACAGCAACCCGUGGGACAGUCCCGUGGGCUGGCAGCUGGAGCCCGUGCGGCGCGAGGCGGUGUGCGAGGCGCUCAACUCCGCCAUACUGGAGUGGCGCGGCAUGCAGUGGGUGUCGCCGGUGGAGGCGUGCGUGUCUCACUCCCGCGACCUCCUGCGUCGCAUGGCGCGCGCCUCGCUCGGAGCCUGCGCCUUCGCCGACCUGCCCGCGCUACUCCGCCGCUGA